AGCGCCCCGAUCCUCAAAGACAGGCAAAAGGAUUCUGAGUGAAAAAUGUCUACCCCUGAUGGGUGCCAACACAACCCAAAUGAAGAUGAUGUGAAUUCUCCUACCAGUUCUUUGAACUUCCUGGAUCAGAACUACCAGGAGCUGCACCAGAACUGCCUCACUGAAAACACACUCUACAAUGAUGAGUUGUUCCCUCCAGACAACAGCUCCAUUGGCUUGUUUGAUGAUUUGUCACAUGAGGUGGACAUGUCUCAAGUUGUGUGAAAGCGGCCAUCCGAAUUGGUGUCAGACCCUAAUUUAAUUGUAGAUGGCAUGUCCAGGUUUGACUAUGCACAGGGAAGUGUAUUAGGAAACUGUUGGUUCUUGGCUGCAAUUGGGGCUCUAACUUUUGAGAAGGAUAUCAUAAAACAGGUCAUGCCAGCUGAACAGUCAUUCACCGAGGAUUAUGCUGGGAUAUUUCAUUUUAGGUUCUGGCGAUUUGGGAAAUGGAUUGAUGUUGUUAUUGAUGACCAACUUCCAACUAUUGAUGAUGAACUACUUUUUGUGUGUUCAAAAACAUAUAAUGAGUUUUGGCCUGCCUUACUGGAGAAAGCUUAUGCAAAGGUGUGUGGGUCCUAUGCUGACUUGCAUUAUGGUUUCAUAUCUGAGGCCCUGAUGGACUUUACUGGUGGGACGCAUAUGUAUUAUACACUGAAUAUGGCUCCUGCUGAUUUGUGGAAAAUCAUGAAAUGUGCAUUCAAGUCAAAAACGCUUAUGGGCUGUUUGACACCUGAAGAAAAUGAGUUACUUCAUGGCAUAGCUCCGAAGCAUGUUUACACAGUGACAGGGGUUUUUGAGGUGGUGAGUGACGAAAAUCCAGUCCAGCUGGUAAGAUUGUUAAACCCAUGGGGCGAAGAACAGUGGCUAGGAGACUGGAGUGAUGGAUCACCCCUAUGGGACACAGUUUGUGGGGACAUCCGCAAAAUUUUCCAUGAAGUUUUAAAUAACGGGGAGUUCUGGAUGUCAAUGGAAGACUUUACCAACAUUUUUGAAAACAUAGAAAUCUGUUGUCUCUGUCCUGAUUUUCUGGAUGGCUCUGCUGAAUGUCACUGGACCUCAAAACGACAUUUUGGCAGAUGGAAUGCUGGGAUUUCAGCGGGUGGUGACAUAAUUAAGACAGAGACUUUCUGGACAAACCCUCAGUUUCGGGUGAAACUUGAUGAGCUUGAUGAGGAAUGUGCUAGUGGCCAGCGUCCUGAAAAUAUACUGGUGUCCCUCAUGCAGAACCAUGAGAAGAGAAACAGAAAGAGCCAAGACAAUUUUUAUAUCGGCUUCUAUGUUUUUGAGAUACCACUCGAGAUGAGAAGUCAAAGUGGGAGGUUUUCAUCUGAGUUCUUCAUUGACAGAGAGCCUGUGGCACAGACUGAUGAAUUAUUAUGUUUUAGAGAGGUGAUGAAAUUCUUCAGGCUGGAGCCGGGAGAGUAUAUGAUUGUACCUUGCACAGAGAAUCCUGGUGAAAUUGCCUCCAUUAUCCUGUCUGUUUUCUCAAAGAAUGAGACACACUUGGAACAUAUUCAAGAAACUCCUGAGUAGAAUGGAGACCUUCUUGAUGAGGGUGAGGUAAACAUUGUAUUGUCUGCAGACUUUAUUACUUGUCACAUGAAUAGGAAUCAAUAUGUUCUGCUUUUACUUUUUGUGCUUUAAUUUUUCUUUCAGUGAAUAAUUUCAGAAAAAAAAAAUCGAGAAAUGUAUUUGUUUUUGUUAAUUAUUCUGUUCUUAAGUGUUUUACCUUUAUUUGUUAACAAAUUGUUUUUGGUUUAUAAAGCAAAUGUGUCAUCUGUUGGGAGGGUGAUGUACUACAGUAGUUGCUAUUCAGAAUUGAUCAGUUAUGUUAGAUGGCAUAUUUUAUUACAUGCCAUGCAAGGUAAGAAUAAAUACUUGUACUUUUCUUUUUUUAUGCAAAAUACUGUAAUCCUGUCAAAUUAUGCCUUGACGUGAAAAGCUGUAAAAAAACAUGAAUGAAAGUGUGUCAUUAUAUCAGAAAGUGCAUGUAAUUCUUGUGUCGAUUCCAAACAAUUUAUACUGCUGCAGACAGUGCAAAUAAAGCUCCCCAUAUGAAA